AUGUCUUCAGCACAACAAUCUUCCGGUGCCACAUGGGUGGAGGGCGACUUUGAGCACCCGAAUCAGGAUGUUGUUCGGCCUAUCAAGAUUGCGCUUGUCUUUGCCUACACAUUGUCUACACUCGCCGUUGUUUUGCGUCUUGUGGCACGACGAAUGACAGGAAGCAGACUGUUCCUGGACGAUUGGCUGAUUCUGGUGGCUUUGUUCUUCAAAUAUGCAUGCUCCAGUGGGGUUGUUACUCUUCUGUUCAAUGGACUUGGAUCUCACAUUACCAUGAUUCCAGCCAAAAACCUGGUUGUUUACUUCCAGAUCGGCUAUUCCAACAAUUUCGUUUACACGAGUUGCGUGGCGUUCGUGAAGUUCUCUAUCUUGGCCCUAUACAAGCGCCUAUUCGCGGUUCGAUACAUGGUUCUCGGAGUGCAUAUUAUGACAGUCGUCGUCCUUCUCUGGGUUGUUGGUGUCUUCGUUUCGGGUGCCCUUCUUUGCAUUCCCGCGAAUAAGUUUUGGGAUCAAUCUAUCCCAGGAGCCUGCCUCGACCCAUACAAAUUCUACUAUGGAAUCCAGAUCCCAAACAUUCUCUGUGAUCUCAUCAUCCUCCUCAUGCCCGUCAAGGUCGUGUGGUCGUUGCCAGUCCCCAAGUCCCAGAAGAUGCUUCUGUCGGGUAUCUUCCUGGUUGGUGGCUUAACCUUCGUUUUCGACAUAUUUCGACUGUACGCCAUGAUCAAGCUGGUCGAUGCUGGCCCCGAUAUCACCUAUCACCAGGUCCCAGUCGUUGUCUGGACCUGUAUCGAAGCCACGGUUGGUAUCAUUGCAGCCUGUCUGCCCAAUCUCAGACCUCUGUUCAAGCUUGGCAAGUCCGGCUUCUGGUCCCAGCUCCGAUCCACAGGCCGCACAUCCGAAAAGACCCUUGUCUCGAACAACUCAAACAACUCUGGUACUAUGAACUCAAAUGAUACCGUGGGCAGUAUUCAAAAGCCGACAGGACACACUUCCUAUGUGGCCGAAGAAAAUAUCGAGAUUGCUGGGUACAACAACUUCAGCAAGAUUAACAAGGAGUAG